AUGAAUUCGGGAUGUUGCAAGCCCCCUACUAUCUGUGGGUAUAAGUUCGUGAACCUGACAGAGUGGACGAACCCGUCGAACCUGACCGGAGAUCCUGACUGCUACCUAUGGAGCAAUGACCAGACGCAGCUGUGCUAUAACUGCAACGCAUGCAAGACUGGUUUGCAAGGGAAUUUGAGGAAGGAAUGGAGAAAAGCCAGUAUAAUUCUCAUUGUGGCGGUGGUGUUGCUCAUUUGCGUCUAUGUUGUUGCUUGCAGUGCGUUUAGAAACGCACAAACGGAGGAGCUCUUCAACCGCUACAAACGCUAG